CGGAGGACACUGGGUAUGCAAGUCCGCUAUGUACACCAUGAGGACUAUCAGUUCUGUUACUCCUUCUGGGGCAGGCCAGGACACAAACCGUCCAUCCUCAUGCUCCAUGGAUUCUCUGAACACAAGGAUAUGUGGCUCAUUGUAGUCAAGUUCCUUCCGAAGAACCUGCACUUGGUCUGCAUGGACAUGCCUGGUCAUGAAGGCACCACCCGCUCGUCCCUGGAUGACCUGUCUAUAGAUGGGCAAGUUAAGAGGGUACAUCAGUUUGUAGAGUGCCUUAAGCUGAACAAAAAGCCCUUUCACCUUAUAGGCACCUCCAUGGGUGGCCACGUGACUGGAGUAUACGCUGCUUACCACCCAUCUGAUGUCUGCAGCCUGUGUCUUGUGUGCCUUGCUGGCCUGCAGUAUUCAACUGACAAUCAGUUUGUACACUCAGCUGCCAUUCAGAAAAUUCCCUUGAUCCCAUCCACCCCGGAAGAGAUGAGUGAGAUGCUCCAGCUCUGCUCCUAUGUCCGAUUCAAAGUGCCCCAGCAGAUCCUUCAAGGCCUUGUUGAUGUUCGCAUCCCUCAUAACAGUUUCUACCAGAAACUGUUUUUGGAAAUUGUCAGUGAGAAAUCCAGAUACUCUCUGCAUCAGAACAUGGACAAGAUCAAGGUCCCAACACAGAUCAUUUGGGGAAAACAGGACCAGGAUAAAGAUACCUUCGCCCAUACCCAGCAGGAAGCGAUUUCAAGAAUGUGACGCCCACAUUCCCAAAGAGGUGGUGUGUGUGUGUGGGGGGGUUUGGUCUUUUAAUGGGUCUUGGGUCUGGGAUAAUUUUCAUUGAUUGGGGGGGUUGGUUACAAGUUGUCAAGGGUUAGGAAAAGGGCUAAGCAAAGGAGAUUAGAUUUAAGGUUCUUAUCUUAAAAAAAAGAAAGAAAGAAGGAAAGAAAAGAAAAAUGUAAAUACUUUACAUUGGAUUGGAUCGUUUUAUAUUGUAUACAAGUUAUAUACAUUGAAAUUGAUAUUGUUAGAAAAUGCUAUAUGUAUAUUUCUAAUUGUACCGUUCAUUUAAAAAUGUAAUGCAAUUUUCUGAUCCUUGAAUGUCGUUAUUACCAACUAUUAGGAUAUAAAAAAAUGAAAGUUAGUAGUUAGACAUUAUAAUAGAACUUGUAGUUAUAUUAGGUGUGUUUUAAAGAUUGAGUACAUAUAUUUUAGAUAGACAGGUUAUCUUCAGACCCUUCAGAGAUCUACAGAAUAUGACAUUUAAAAUGUUUUAGUAACUUAGAAAACUUUUCUUUUUUGUUAUGACUAUGAGACAUGCCGUCUCCUGGCAGUACCAAUCUACUUCAGAGAAAAUAUGGGCAUUGAAAAAACUGCAAUUGGAGUUAACUUCCAUUGUGGCAAAAGUUAGCCACUGGACAACAAAGUAUCCUCAAAUCAACUGCUGACAAACAGGACAGACAGGACACGAAACAAAGGACUACUGAUUCUUGUCAAAACAAGUGUGGUUAUGGACAAUAUGGCACCAUCCCUGAAGUGGCCUUCCCAAUCCGGGAAAAGUACAGUGCCCUUUUCUUCGAAGGCAGCUGAACAGGCAGUGGGCCGAUGGCUUCUGAUGUGCAAUGGGACAGUGGCUGAAACAGUUAUUCUUCAAGAGUAAUUAAGCGCACGUCUCUCAACAGUAGAAUGGCAUUUAAUAGAGGGAUGUGGAGAAGAACGGGAUGCUGAGAUGAAGCCACAUACACACAUAGCCAAGAAGAAUGGACAGCUGAAUUCAAAAAAACAUCAACAAUUUCCAGAAUUUAAAAUCCUGAAUCAUGACAUGACACUAGUGGAAUUCA